CCAAAUUAUUAAGCAUAUUAAAAGAAAGUUUCAUACAAUGAAGUCGCAAUUAGAUGGUUCUGCGAAAUUGGGGAAAACUGGCACUUAGGGUUCGUUGGUUGGGUUUCGGAUUACAUUUGGUGAGCAUAGAUUUUUCGUUGGAAAUUGGGGUUCCUUGCAUAAGAUUGUUGGAAGUUAGGGUUUAGGGCCAUAAUAUGACANUGAUCAAUCGGUGGUUUUGACUUGAAGCAGGUAAUUUUUGGCGGUGUAGCACGUGGAAGUGAGUUUCGNGAAGGUCGUUGCAUAAUAACGUGGAAGAGAGUUUCGCGAAGGUCGUUGGGCGUCUAGCACGUGUCCAGGAUAUAUACUGUUAUAGUGUAUUACAUGGAGGAUCAUUUUGAAGUAGUUUUCCACCAUGGAGGUCAGUUCAAAAAGGAUGGUCCACUUAGGUAUGAGGGGGAAAGUACAAGUNUGGCUUUUGACCCCGACGUGUGGAGUUACUUCAUUAUAGUGAGCGUAGUAAAAGGACUUGGAUAUAAUGGCUUUAAGGAGUUGUGGUAUUCUGUGGGGGGAUGUUCUGUGUUAGAUGAUAAGUUAGAGGCUUUGACGNAUGAUAGAGGAGCCUUGCACAUGAUGAACUUAGCUAGGCUAAAUGGGCAAGUGCAUUUAUUUGUUGUUCACUUAGUGUCUGAACCUGAGGUCAUACAUUUCAUAGAAAAUGUUCCACAUAAUAUUGGUGAAGAAGAAGUUGAACCUGUGAUGCAUGUUAGUAAUGAGGAUGGUGGCUGUGAGGAAGGUCAUGAAGAGUGUCAGGAGGUAGGUGAUGGUGAGUGUGAAGUUCCUGUUUCNGAAGGUAAAAUGGAUGCUGAUGUUGUACAUGUCGAAAUAGAAGUUGAAUGUGAUGUGGGUGAGUCUGAAAGAGAUGAUGUUGUACAAGGUCAAAUUGAAACCGAAUGUCAUGUUAGUGAGUCUGAAAAAGAUGAUGAUGUAUGUGAUGGUGAUGUUCGUAGUUGGAGUUCUAGUGGUGAGGAUGACAAUGUUCAUUGCAAUGUGGAUGUUCCUAGUAUGGAUGACCUNGUUGACUGUGAUAUCCAAGAAGAGGUUGGGCAUGGAGUUNNGAAUUCUUUUGGUGAAAUUGAAGUUGAUGUGGAAGAUGAUGCACCAUCAUGGACUCCCAUUUCCGAUAGUGAUGAAGAUGUUGGUAUAAAUAUUGAGAAGGAUAGAGGUCUGUCUGAUGAUAAUUGGGAAUCAGAAGAAUUGCUUAGUGGAGGAGAAAGUGAUGAAGAAGAUGAUGACCAAGAAAGUUAUGGAAAAUUUGUAACAUUUAGUAUGCCUAAAACAAUGGUGGAUUACAAGUGGGAUUUGGGCACUUAUUUUGCUAACAAGCAAGAUAUUCUGGAUGCCAUAAAAACAUAUGCAGUAGAAAAUGGGAGAAAUUUAUCAUAUGUUAAAAAUGAUAAGAAGAGAAUUAGAGUGAAGUGUAUGGGUGCUAAAGGAAAGUGCCCCUGGAUGGCAUAUUGUGGUUAUAUGAAUGNAGUACGAACGUGGCAAUUAAGGACUAUUGUUGACAACCACACUUGUAGUAGAGAGCACAAAGUCAAAUUAAUGAAUUCAAAAUGGCUAAGUAAGANGUUGGAGAAAACCGUGAGAGAAAAUCCCAAAGUCAAGGUAGGGGAAAUUCGUGACAAAAUAAGUAGAAAGUGGAAUGUUGGUGUAUCUAGAUCCAUGGCUUUUAGAGCAAAGUCCAUUGCUUCAGACCAUGUAGAUGGGUCUUUCAAAGAACAAUAUAAAAGGAUCUAUGAUUAUGCAAAUGAGCUCUUAGCUCGUAAUCCUGGAUCCACAGUGAAGGUGGAAGUAGAUGGCCAUAUUUUCAAGAGAAUCUAUGUUUGUCUUAAGGCCUGCAAGGACAGUUUUGUUUUCUGNAGGCCAAUUAUAGGGCUGGAUGGAGCUUUUUUAAAAGGUAAAUAUGGUGGUGAAUUGCUAACUGCUAUUGCAAGAGACGCAAAUGACCAGAUGCUACNUGUAGCACAUGCCAUUGUCGAAGUAGAGAAUAAGGAAACUUGGAAAUGGUUUCUAGAACUUCUUGUUGAAGACAUUGGUGUUUCACUGACAUUCAUAUCAGAUCAACAAAAGGGCUUAAUGCAAGCUUUUCAAGAGGUGCUUCCUAGAGUUGAUCAAAGGUUUUGUGUUAGGCACCUUUANGCAAAUUUCANAAAAAAAUUNCCUGGAAAGCAGCUAAAGCGGAUGAUGUGGAAGGCAGCGACANCAACUCAUCCACAAGCAUGGGAAACCGAAAUGAAAAGAAUAAAGGAAGUGAACCUUGAAGCAUUCCAAUACCUUAUAAAAAUUCCUCCCAGACACUGGUCACGAUCAUGGUUUACCACGACUUCAAAGUGUGAUACUUUGGUAAACAACAUGUCAGAGGCAUUCAAUAGUGUGUUGGUCCAUACAAGGUCAAAGCCAAUCAUAACCAUGUUGGAGGAGAUCNGCCUUUACUUGAUGAACAAAUGGGCAAAAAACCGAACCAAAAGUCAAUCAAUGUCUGGAUCCAUUUGUCCUAAAAUCAAGAGUAGACUGAAUAAGGAGUCCCAGCUUACCAAAUAUUGGAUUCCUANCUGGUCAGGACUGAAGCUAUUUGAAGUUNGUCAUAUUUCACAAGCUGGGGACAAAUUUAUAGUUGAUAUAGACAAAUUUGAAUGCACAUGCAGGAAAUGGGCUAUCUCGGGCAUUCCAUGUUGUCAUGCAUUGGCUGCUAUGAAGUUUUUGAAUUUGGAUGCAGAGGAAUUCAUCCCAGUUUGUUUUCGGAAGUCCACUUAUGAAGAAAUGUACUCUUCCGUUGUCUAUCCACUUAAUGGUGAGAAUAUGUGGCAGAUCACCCCAUAUAAUGAAGUGCUCCCUCCAAAAAAGAGAACAUUGCCAGGGAGGCCCAAGAAGAAAAGAAGAUUGCAGGAAUGGGAGUUAGUCAGGGAUGAAACAAGAAUGAGGAAAGGUGGUAUACAUAAAAGAUGUGGCAUUUGUAAGGAGCUGGGUCACAACAGAACAUCUUGCCAGAAAUCAACCCAAACUGGUGAAGUCAAUCCUGACCAAACUCAACAAAGCAACCCAACAAAUGAAGAAACCAUACCAUCAUCAAAUCAGCCUUAA